CUCAACGAAAAAUUCAAAAUUUUCAAAUAAUUGCAAACAAUAAAAACAGAGGAUGAUACAUGAAUCUGAGUUUUUACCUCUAGUUGUUUUUCAUGGCUUGGUCAGCUAAAUGAGUAAAGACGACAGAAUCUUCCCUCGAGUUCUCAACAUUGGAAUCAAAAAUCAGUAUUGUUAACCAAUUCAACCCCUUCAAGAUCAAUAGCUUUUUGCAGUCUUCCACACUAUACAUUGAGCCUCUUCAUCCAUCAAAUGCCUCAACUCCUAAAACAACCAUAGCGUAAUCUUCGCGUGUAUCAACCAAUUAGCUGUUACAUUUGUCGGAGAACCCAUUGAUAGUGAUAGGAGUCUGAACAAUCUUUAAAUGGCUUUGUCGCAGCCUCCUUGAUGAAUCGUGGGGACACAGAUAGAAAGUUUCCACCUUUUACUUGCCCAUUAUUGCAGACUUUCUCGAGACUUAGCUCCAUUAUCACUGAUCGAAUCCUCGCUUAAUGCAAAUCCGAAAUUUCAAAAGCUUCCCAAAAAUAAGAACCCUAACAUGUAUAUAAGCGGGUGGACUAUUUGGGUCCAAAUAUAUUGGGCCAUAAAUAAAGCCCAUUAUACUAUGUCAGGCCUUUAUGGCAAAUUUAGUUGGCGCAAAAAUAACGCAAACGAAAAAAGGAAAACAAAAAGUUAAUCUGGUGCGGAAGAGCGUAGUGAAUGAUAGAUACGCUUUUCUUCUUGUUCUUCCUCUUCUUCGAUUCUCCUCUUCGACGUCUCUUGUUACUGUGCGCCGUCUUAGCCUUACGUGCGCCAACGGCGCACUCUCCUAUCCUACGCUCAUCUAUCGUCACUCCCACAGCGAGAGCUGUCUCGGAAGUUUCCGGUUGUACUACGAUCGAUCCAGAUUUUCUCGUAGAGAUCUCUGAUUCUAACCAGACGCGGGCGAUGUCGAAAGCUCGUGUGUACACCGAAGUCAAUGUGAUUCGACCCAAGGAUUAUUGGGAUUACGAGUCACUCAUUGUUCAAUGGGGGGAGCAAGAUGAUUAUGAGGUAGUAAGGAAGGUAGGGCGUGGAAAAUAUAGUGAAGUUUUCGAGGGUAUAAAUGUGAACAGCAAGGAGAAGUGCAUUAUCAAAAUCCUCAAACCUGUUAAGAAAAAGAAGAUAAGAAGAGAGAUUAAAAUACUUCAGAACCUAUGCGGUGGGCCAAAUAUUGUCAAGCUGCUUGAUGUUGUUAGAGAUCAACAUUCGAAAACUCCAAGCUUGAUAUUUGAAUAUGUUAACAGCACAGACUUUAAAGUUUUGUAUCCUACGUUGACUGAUUACGACAUUCGUUACUACAUCUAUGAGCUGUUGAAGGCACUAGACUUCUGCCAUUCACAAGGAAUAAUGCACAGAGACGUCAAGCCUCAUAAUGUUAUGAUUGACCAUGAGCUGCGUAAGCUUCGUCUUAUAGAUUGGGGUCUUGCUGAGUUUUACCACCCUGGAAAAGAGUAUAAUGUCCGUGUUGCCUCAAGAUAUUUCAAGGGACCUGAACUUCUUGUGGACUUGCAAGACUAUGACUAUUCAUUGGAUAUGUGGAGUCUUGGCUGUAUGUUUGCAGGGAUGAUAUUCCGUAAGGAACCUUUCUUCUACGGCCAUGACAACCAGGAUCAGCUAGUGAAAAUCGCCAAGGUGCUUGGGACUGACGAAUUGAAUGCUUAUCUGAACAAGUACCAGUUAGAACUUGAUCCACAACUGGAAGCACUUGUUGGGCGGCAUAGCAGGAAACCUUGGUCCAAAUUCAUCAACGCAGACAAUCAGCACUUAGUUUCACCCGAGGCGAUUGAUUUCCUCGACAAGCUACUUCGGUAUGAUCAUCAAGACAGAUUAACUGCAAAAGAAGCCAUGGCGCACGCUUACUUCGCCCAAGUUAGGGCAGCAGAAACCAGCAGAAUGAGAAGUCAAUGAAACACAGAGAUCUCUCUGUCUAUAAACUUACUGAUGAUGAUGAUGGUAAUGUUCAUCUUUUCUUCAAAGUAUUUUUUUUAAAUCAAGGUGAUGUUUCUUCUGUCCAACUUAUUAAACAAUUUGUCCUGAAUUCGAAUGUCUGAAACGUCUUAUAUUUUAAAUAUAUUUUUCAUGUAUGUUGUAUCAAACC